ACAAGCUAAAAAUAUUUUCACGUUUUAUUCUACCACAUAAAAUACACCAGUAAUACCCUACUCGUGAUUUUUUUUUAAAGCUUUUACGUGUAUUUGGAAAAGGCGGUUGCUACAUGGGACUACAGACGUUGUCGGGGACAUUAAACGUCAUCACGCCGAACAGGAAAAACUUUGCAGAUAAACUGGUUCAGGCAGCAGCGAUGCCCAGAAAAAAGACCAGAACAAAGAAGCAUAAGAAAGAACGAAAGAAACGCAGAUCGUCAUCGUCCUCCAGCGAGGAUCAGGGGACAGAGGACAGAGAGAGACGCAGAAGCAGUCGCAGGGACAAAAACAAGCAUGCUUGUUGUUACGACACUUCUACUGAGUGCACAGAAACCAGUGAUAAUGAUUAUGAGAUGCAGAUAGUUGAGGAGCUGCACCUGGCUCGCUCCAACAGACAACUGCACGUGAAGGUGGAGAAGAGUUACGGAGAGCUGACCAGCAUGGACGUAGACCCGGCAGACGAGAGCGCCACCAUUGCACUCAGUCAGAAACAGCAGCAGGACCUCCUCAUUGUGCUUGACACCAAUGUUCUCCUCAGCCACCUGGACUUUGUGAAGAGGAUUAGAUCCCAUGGACUGGGAGCUCUGGGGUUCCCAACGAUGCUGGUUCUCUGGGUGGCUCUACAGGAGCUGGACUCGUUAAAAAGCCGGAAACUGUCAAAGGCCAGCUGUGGACUACAUCUACACCUCCCUGAAGAACCAGGAGCUGCGUCUCUGGAGCCAGUCCAUGCAGCAAGUGUCUCACGCUGCCUGUGUGCUGCUGAUUUUUUGGGUUUUGCAGGCUGAACGUGGAGGAUAAUGACGAUCUGGUGCUGCAGUGCUGUCUCCAGUACAAGACGUUAUAUCCAGAGGGCACUAUCAUGCUGUGCACGUAAGCCGUACAUUCAAGACUCAGAAUUGUUCAGGCAUCUUUAGGAGGACAUCUUUGGGGGUCACAUCUGGAAUUGUUUUUAAUUGUAAUUGAACAAAAGACCUUGUUUUCAUCUUCUGAUUUGCUGAUUUGCUCACAGUGGCCUGCUGGACACCUUUGGAUAUUUUAAUAGUGCUUUUAACAAUAAACAAUGUCACAAUAGACGAUAAUCUGUUAAGAGCAUUUACAUUUUUAAUGAGUGAGAGAGAGGGAGAGUUAUUAACUGUUUAAUGUUUAAUUAUUAAUGGAAUAAGCCUAGAUUGAAAGCUAGGCAUAAGUAAAAAUAAAUAAAUAAAUAAAAUGGACUUGAUUGAGGUAUUAACACAACAUAUCUGGUGUAACUUUAGUAAUAAUAAGGGACGUCACAAAUGUUUUAUUUAGCUCUGUUUAUGUUUAAAUAGCAGUCCUGAUAUCAGAUAGUGCUGUUAUAAUUCAUUAUAUUCUAAAAAGUCAAACAGUCCUGAAGCAUAUUAUGAAGAAGAGUCCUGGGAUAGUCUGAUCUAAGUAUGAGUGCAGCAGCAGUUCUUAGGUACAAAUGUACAAAGGUGAGAUUAUCCACUGAGAUUACCCUGAGGUUUAACUCUAAACUGUUUUUGGUUCUUUUUUGUUUUUGAGUUUUUCUUUCAUCGUUCCAUUAUUUUAUAGCAACGAUAAGAACCUGUGCAGUAAAGCUCUGCUGAGCGGAGUCAAGGCCCUGAUUAAUGGGCGUUCCCUAAAGUGGUUCUCAUCCUAUUUAUAUAGGAGAACCUUUGCUGUGGAAUUAGUGAGCUCUAUUUCCUGCUCUCAUCCUAUCUCAUCUGGGGUUCCUCGAGGUUCUUGUCUUGGCCCUGUGCUGUUUUCUCUAUAUAUGCUCCCUUUGGGAUUAAACUCUCAAACACAGUGUAGCAUAUCAUUGUUAUGUAGUUGUAUCUACCUCUGAAAUGUAAUGAUAACUCCAAACUGUCAUGUAUCAGGAAACUCUGGACUCGAGUUCCCAUCAGCCACUGCACUGCUCUACAUGUACAUGACCACCUGCACCUGAUUCACGUUUCUGUUAAUGAGCAUUCUUGUGUGUAUAUAUACACUGUCUGCAUCGUUUCUCUGUCUUUCGUUGUCUUAGGCUUCUGUGUUCCAUGUCACUGUGUUUUGUUUCAUGCCAUAGUGUUUUGCCUAGUUGUCUUAGUGUCUUUGGUUUGUUGUGUAUUUGUUUAAUAAAUGUUCUUAUCUGCGAUUGCUUCCGAACCCAUCCUUGAUUUGUGACAGAACGAAAGACCUUCAGUCGGAAGCAGCAGUUCGCCAGGAUGGACGACUGGGGUGUCAGGAUGCCACCGACGUUAGUGGAGUACUUCGCCACGAUAUGCCAAGAGGCGGAGGAGUACCAAGCUGUGCUACAAAAGCAGCAGGACGCCAGGAAUUACCUGGCCUUCAACUCACCUCCCAUGUUCAUGAAGGACUACGCCAUGCCACACCAACAGGAGGGGGAGUCUGCGGUCAGGGCUAAUACCAUCUCCCACCCUCCCUCCCCUAUUAUGGAUCUCAUUCAGCCGGCCCGCUCUGCCAAGGACGUCGCUCCGCCUUCCUGUUCCGCCGAGGACAUCGCUCCAUCUUCCUGCUCGGUCGAGGUGGUCGCUCCGCCUUCCUGCUCGGUCGAGGUGGUCGCUCCGCCUUCCUGCUUGGCCGAGGUCGUCGCUCCGCCGUCCUGCUCGGCCGAGGUCGUCGCUCUGCCUUCAUGUUCCGCCGAGGACGUCGCUCUGCCUUCCUGCUCGGCCGAGGUCGUCGCUCCGCCGUCCUGCUCGGCCGAGGUCAUCGCUCCGCCGUCCUGCUUUGAGGAGGACGUUGCUCUGCCUCCAUGUUCUACUGAAGACGUCAUUCCUCUUUUUUGCUGCGUGCCGUAUGUCACUCCCCCUUCCUGCUCCACGGAGGACAUCGUUCCCCUCUCAUGUUCCACGGAGAACCUCGCUCCUCUCCCAGGCCUCGCGGGGAACCUCGCUCCCCUCUAUGGCCUCGCGGAAAUCUUUGCGCUUCCCUCGGGCCUUGCGGAGAACUUCGCUCCCCUCUCCUGUCCUGCAGAGGUAGUUGUCCCGCUGUCCUGCCAUGCAGACUUUGCUCUGAGCUCCAGGCCCGCUGGGGGCGUUGCACCUUUUUUUUGCUCCGCUGAGGAGGCCGCACAGUCUCCUGGUUCUUGGGACAUUUUACCCAGGGGGUCUGGACCGCCAGAUGGAGGGGGUGCAUGUUUGGGCGCUCCGGGAGUAGUGCCCUGGGGCGGGUUUUGUCAUGUAUCAGGAAACUCUGAACUCCAGUUCCCAUCAGCCACUGCACUACAUGUACAUGACCACCUGCACCUGAUUCACGUUUCUGUUAAUGAGCACUCUUGUGUAUAUAUAGCCACUGUCUGCACUGUUUAUCUGUCUUUUGUUGUCUUAGACUUCCGUGUUCCAUGUCACUGCGUUUUAUUUCAUGCCAUAGUGGUUUGCCUAGUUGUCUUAGUGUCUUUGGUUUGUUGUGUAUUUGUUUAAUAAACGUUGUUAUCUGCGAUUGCUUUCGAACCCAUCCUUGAUUCAUGACACAAACUUGCAUCUCUGCUUGAUUAUUUGGAUGAAAUAAAGGUGUGGAUGGCAUCCCGUUUUUUGCAUCUUAAUGAGUCAAAAUCUGAAAUGGUGUUUUUUGGUCCAUCAAAGUUAGCCAAACAGCUUUCUCUACAUCUGGGCCCUUUAGCCACCAAUGUUAGGAAUGUUAGGUGAGGAACCCUGGUGUGAUUUUUUGAUUCUGAGGUGAAAUGUGAAAAACAAAUAAAUUUUCCAAGAAUCCUUUCUCAUA